GCUUCAGAUUCGCGCUGGUUAUUUCCAUUUUAUUUGUGGAAAUUAUGGGAACGAAAGCUGCACUUAAGACCAUUCGUCAACAUAUCGAUGCCAAGGAAUUCAAGAAAGCAAGGGAGAUUAUAGAGAAUCUGUUGAAGCAGGAUGUAUCUGAUUAUUUGCUGUUCGUCUUCGCAGCAGUUACAAGUGGAGAGAUUGGAAAUGAUCGGGAAGCUGUUAGUUAUUACAAAAAAGCAACCGAGCUUGAUGCAGAAAAGCCUUUAGCGUGGCAAGGAUUAUACAAACUUUAUGAACAAGGGAAGUAUGUUGAUUUGGAACAUGUCCUAAUAGUAACCCGCAAUCUACUACGUAUUCCUGGGAUGACUCCAGAAAAAGUUUAUGCAUAUGAGAGAGAACUGGGUCUUAUUUUACUGAAAUUGAAAAGAUUUGAUGAAGCAUUUUCAAAUCUCGAUCGAUUAGAUGAUGUCGAAUUUUGUCAGGAAGCACUAAAAAUGGUACUGUCCACUGAUGACUGGGAUGGUGAUCGGAAAAAAUUGAUAGAACAGUGUUUAACCAAAAUUGAUAAUGGCAAACUGGACUGUGAAAUUCAUCAGAAAUGUGCAGUAUUACGUUGUUCUUGGGCAGAGACACUAGAGGAAAUACGGAAUGUGUUAAGCUGGCAUGUUAGAUACAUUUCACUCAAUGAUGAAUGGCUAAUUGAUUUAUUGCGAUAUUUUGUUAUUAUCUCCUAUUUGGAGCGACGUCAAGUAGAUCCUUCGGCUGACAUUGUCGAUAUGUUGAGAAAUGCCGUAGAGAGAGAAACAGAAUUCGAACUUCUGUUUGGACAUAUUGAGAAGGCAGAAAUGUCAUUAUCGAUCAAAAAUAUUGAUGAAAAUUUGAGAAACAAUACAUGCAAGUGGCCGUAUAUCGGUUUGGCUGUUCCACUGCUGCUUUUUCAAGAACGCUAUGAACAGGUCAUAUCUCUUCUGGAUAUAACGUUCCCACGCAUACAUCCCGCAAUUACUAAAGCUUUAAGUGAAGAAAUUUUGUGUGCUAGAUGUGAAGCAUUGUACGGUAUUCAUGAUGACAGUGCGUUGGCGGAAUUACGUUUACUGUUGGCUAAUAGUUCAGGCAAAGCGAGAUCUUUAGCGGAAAAUGCUGUAAAAAUUAAUCCGAAAUCGUGGCAAUGGCUAUUGGUUCUUGGCGAAAUUUGUUUGAAAUUGAAUACCGAAGAUGCCUUUGCUACAUCUGCUUUUGUGAAGGUAGCCAAACUAAAUCCAUAUAGUAGCAAAGCUUUUUAUUUUUUGGGAUUAAGUCUGAAGACGAAAAAUCGAAUCAAAGCUAUAGCUUGUUUGGAACGAGCAGCAAAAAUUCGUCCGCAAGAUGCCAAGGUUGCGAAGCUAUUAGACGAACUGCUCAGCUUGGAAGGUCGCAAUGAAGAUCUGUUUAAAUAUUUAUUACAAUAUUCGAAAAUAGUACCUAAAGAUCUUUGGGCACGGAAAAGGUUGGCAUUAUUGGAGCUUCAAAGUGGAAAUAUGGAUGCAGCAAUUGAUCAAAUGCAGCACAUUGUUGCACUUGAUAAGACAGAUGCUGGGAUCUGGACUACACUAGGGGAUGCAUAUAAAAAACGUGGGAACUACCACAGUGCUAUCAAAGCUUUCAAGGAAGCAAUAGAUCUUGAACCGGACAAUGAAAUUGCUCAAAUUCGGUUUAUUCAAAUGUGCCAAGUUACCGGUCAAUUGGAGGAAGCAAUGGAACAAUGUAUGAAGUUGAUAAGACGUGUUGAAAGUGGCCGAAGUGGUACAAAUUGUGUCUAUCUGUUAUAUGCCGAAUCCAUCCUGAAAUUAGCUCAAAAGUCGGCAUACUCCUUGCAGUUUGACCUUCUAAAUAAAUUUUUCGGCUUGGUUGAAAAAGUUUUCGAUCAGAAUCCAGGAUUUGUAUUAUCCUUCAAAUUUGCUGCUGACGCGCUUUUGUUAGCAUCUAGAUAUCACGCUGAUACUUUCCAAUAUUUCGGAUUCCCCAGCACUUGGAAAAUCGGAUCAGUAUUGGAUGCAGUUGAAUUAGCUAUUCAUUUCUGUUAUUUCAUGGUAAAAACACAUCCGGACUGGGCUAGUGCCUGGAAUGAUUUGGGUGUUGCCUUGCUACGGAAAUGCCAACUAACAGAAGAUAACUUUGGAUAUGCAAACCUUGUCGAGUGUUUUAAACGUGCCAUAAAACUUUGCUCAUCGAAAACAAUGAAAUCGACGUACUGGACAAAUCUUUCGGAAGCGGUUGGGUUCAUAGGGAAUGCUUUAACGGUACAGCAUUGUCUUAUACGAGCCAUACAGCUAAACAUAAGAAACGAUACUGCUUGGUUUUUGCUUGGCUUAUUGUAUCUAAAGUUCACUCAGUAUGAUUUAGCACGACGGACUCUGAAUAUGGCUCAAAAAAUCAACCCCGAAUCAGCUGAAAUUUGGUGUGUUUUGGCGACAAUGGCAGAAGCAGAAAAUCAUUAUGAUACGAUGGAUUUAUAUAGACAUUCGUUAACUCUGAGGCCUACUGAGCUGGCGGUGAAAAAGUAUACAUAUUAUCUUAUGAAAAAUUUAGCAGAAGGUAAACAGUUUGAUGAUGCAACAAUGUUCGAUUUUGAAUCCAUCCAUGAAAUUAUUGGAGUAAGUGAGCGCACAGAUGAAUUUAUUUUCUUCGUAAGUUUAUUGGCUGAGCAUUUCUGGUAUAUGGAUUAUGCGAUGCAUUAUAUCAGUUGUUGUCAUGACUGGCCAAAUGAAGAUAUUUGCAAGUUGCAUAAACAACGAAUAGCAUUACGAAGUGGGAAUCAAUAUUUGUUGGAAAAGGUAGAUGCAAUUCGAAAUUUGUCUGUUUUGUAUUCAUCGACUACAGCCGAGAUCUAUGACAAAUUACUGCUGGAAUGUUCGAUUUAUGGACACCUUUUUUCGGCUUUUGAACGAAAUGAUGUUGAGCACUUUCGUGCAAUUUCGAUGAAUGCGAAAAAUAAAAUACAAAUUCCUCUCUUUGUUGCUGCCGUUCUUUAUUUCCAGAAAAAACUGAAUGAUGAUUUCGUUAAUAUUCUGCGCGAUGUAAGACCACGUCAUCAGAUCGUUCUCGUUUAUAUUGCUUGUAAGCAUUAUGAUGAAAGUGAUGAAUUUUCGAUUAAUACAAAUGAAGAAUUGGGCGAAAAAACUAUUAUGCGAUAUGACAAUAUGUCAAAGCGAUUAUGCGAUCUGUUGGCAUUACGCGUUGAGCAAUAUUGUGAAAAUGAAAAGCAUUGA